AGUAUCUUGGAGACUUGGAGUGGGAAUGUUUACUUUACCUGCUUUAACUCACCAUCAUUCACCAUCAUUUCUUUCACUGACAAAAUGAGGAAUAGGAGGCAUUUCCUGAAGUCAUCUUUUUUAUAUAUAUUUAUUCAAACAAUGUGGAGAAAAAGGUAAGUUUAUACAAAUGAAAGGAAGAAACUGUGGAAACAAGUGGACUGUCCAAUCUUAGCAACUCCAGAGCAGAUCAGGAGUUAAUAUGGGGUAUGUGAGUUUGAUCGAACCUGUGGUGGGCCUGCAUGCCUUCUCCAUGUUUAUGACCUACCCACUGCUACAGCAGUAUAUCUACAGGAGACUGUGGCAGCAGCUGAGUGGACACCCGUACCCAUCCAACCAAAACCAGUCCCACUGCUCCAGCAACUACACCAACCUCAGCCUACAGCAGGCUGUACAGACAGAGACAUCACACUUUCUCCUCCAGAGCGAGCUGUGCUUCAUCUUACCCAGCCUGUUCACUUCACCACUGCUGGUGUCCUACAGCGACUACGGUGGCCGGAAGUCGGCCAUGGUACCCCCCUUGUUGGGCGAUCUUUUCUUCACCUUCCACUACUUUAUAGUUAGCAGAUUCUCACUGAACCUCAGCUAUGUUCUGGCUGCCGCUUUCCUUACUGGGCUGUUGGGAGGUCCUACCACGCUCAUAGGAGGCUGCUUCUCCUACGUGGCUGACUACUGCCGAGAAGAGCUGGCUGGACAGAAGACUGUUAGAAUGGCCCGUCUGGACAUGGUCCUAGGUGUCCUCUCUGGCUUGGGUUCUCUGUGUACUGGUUUCUUCAUCAGAGCAGCUGGAUUCAGCUGGCCUUUCCUCUGUGCAUCUAUACUUCAUCUGCUUAACCUAAUGUAUGUGCUCAUAAUUCUCAAGGAACCUCCUGGGCAAAACCUGCCUCCCAGCCCUUCCAGCCCUGGUUACGUCAUUGAGCCACCUCGUCUUUCCCAGGCUCAGGCCAUGACUGGGCGACUGCAAGGCGUCUAUCUGCUGUUUGCUGCUUCCACACGGAGAAGACGCACAGUGCUGCUGCUCCUUCUGACAGCAUACAUCUUUUACAAGGUGUCGAAUAUGGGUGGCAUGUCCAUCUUUAUCCUGUACGAGCUGAAUGCUCCGCUGUGUUGGAACGAGGUGCUCGUUAGCUAUGGAUCUGCUUUGUCCACGCUGAUCUAUCUGAGCAGUUUCACUGGUGUGGCGCUGCUCUCUCGAUGGCUGCCUGAUGCUCCUAUCGCACUGCUGGGGCUGCUGUCUAUCGCUGUCGGUCUCAGUAUGGCUGCCUUCGCUAAGACUACGCUGCUCAUGUUCCUCGUGCGUCUGCCUCUGCUCCUGUCCAUGAUGCCUGCUCCUGUGAUGCGCGCCAUGAUGUCCAAACUGGCACUGAGCUCUGAGCAAGGUGCUCUAUUUGCAUGUGUGGCCUUUGUGGAAAUGCUGAGUAUGGGCCUGGCGUUCCCAGUGUUCAGCAGCGUUUAUGCUGCUACUAUCUCCUGGUUCUCAGGGUUCAGUUUCCUCCUUGCAGCUGGUGUUACCCUAAUACCAAUCACUCUAAUCGGCUGCGUUCUAUGGCUGCGACUGGAUGUGGAGGAGUCCAGCAUAUUGGCUUCUGAAGACAACAGCGAGGAGGACAACACAAACUCUGAGAUUUUUUAGCUCCCGCUAAGGACAUGACUUAAGGACAUGACUUUUUUAAUGAAUUCUUUGAUUCUGUAACCAAAAAAGCACUAGGUGGUUUUAGAGAUCUUUUACUUGACCUAUAUCCCUCAUGUUGCUUAUUUAUGCCACUUUUUAUCUUCUUUGAUGCAUUUUGUACCAAAGGUUCUGAAUUAUCUUUUUUUCCCUCCAAAAAUGUUUGAAUCACCAUUUUCUUUCCGGAAGAAGGGCCUAUAUUUUAGUUAUAGUUCAAAUAUGACGUAUUUUGAAGAAACUGUAUUCUUGGAUUCAUUAAAUGCAUUUUAUUUGUAUAA